CGCUGAACGUAUAAAGAAGCCCUGCCUGGACCACCCACAACUCGUAGGCUCGCUUCAUCAUGUCCAGCACUCGUGAGGAAUUGAUUGCCAAUGCGGUGAGCUUCCUUAAGGACGCACAAGUGUCGUCGUCUCCACUGGAGAAGAAGGUUGAGUUCCUGGAGAGCAAAGGCUUGACGAAGGAGGAGAUUGAGGAGGCGAUGAAGAGAUCGCAGGAGAGCGUUGAUCGCUCUCCGCCAGCACAGAGCUCCUCUGGCACGCAGAGCUCCUCAGGCUCAGAGCAAGGUGUGCAGUCGUAUCACCAGCAGGCUCACAGUGCUCCACAGUACUACACGCCUGCGCCGCCACCUGUUCCGGAGAAGGACUGGAAGGACUACUUCAUCAUGGCAACAGCCACUGUGGGUGUUGGGUUUGCGCUGUACGAGAUCACGAAGCGGUAUCUCAUUCCCAACGUGCUGCCGGACUCGAAGUCGAAGCUGGAUAAGGACAAGGAGGCGAUUGAAGAGGAGUUUCUGAGAAUCGAGGCCACGCUGAAGGAGAUUGCUGAUACUCAGCAGCAGCUGAAGGAGGGCGAGGCGGAGAAGGCCAAGGCCAUCGACGCCGUCAUCGACUCCGUCCAGGACCUGGUGAACGACUCCAAGGAGAAGAACUCGAAGGUGGAGGACGAGGUGAAGUACCUCAAGUCAGAGAUUGAGAACCUGAAGGCCUCUCUAGACCGUGCGCUAGAUAAGCAGCAGUCGUCCAUCGCCAAUGAGGUUGCCAGCAUCCAGCACGAGCUGAACUCCCUGCAACAGCUGAUCAAGUCCAAGAACUCCCUGGCGAAGGAAUUGGGCAGCAAUGGUACCAAGGAGACGGCAACAUCGCCAGUUCCACCGGCGUCGUCAAUCCCUUCUGCCUCUGAGAUCUUGAAACGGGCAAACCUCGCAACAUCAUCAGCUGUCAGCUCUCCUCAGCCACAGUCCUCGUCGCACAUCUCGUCGAAUCCUCAGAUUCCCUCCUGGCAGAGAUCAGCUGCUGUGAAUACACCGGCAACGAGUGCCCUUUUAUCUGAAGAGAGUCUUCCUGAGAGACCUGAUAGUGUUGCUAUGAACCACAAGUCAUAUUCGCAGUCAACUGCUCAACAGGAAAUACCGUUAUGGCAGCAAGCAGCCAGUGCUAAUGCCGUUGCAACUGUCCAUGCUGAACAGUCCUUGACUACAGCUUAUGAACAGGAGGCGAGUGAAGAAACAGCUGAGAGUGGAUCAGCCCAGUAAUGCGCUUGAGCCUCUAUCGUCAUUACGAGUUCGCCUAUAAUUGCCAUAGUCCAUACAUUAUUAAUUAAUACAACCACUCAUCUGAGAUCCCUCA